AUGGCGACAGAGGAGAAGUUAAAGAAGAGUGAAGAACAAACCCAACUCUUGGAAACGGUCUCCGCCACCGUCUCCGCCGUUUCCACGGCCAAAUAUGUCGAUGAUGUCAUUUUAGCUCUUCAUUCCGUCGCUCUUCUCAUUUUCCCUAUCGACACUUCCUCUCUUUCAGGUGGGUUGUUUGACAGCAGUUAUGCUGACUGUGAUAGGGUGAAGGGCCUUAGCAAAUACGGGGGCCAUUUGUCCUUCCAAUUGAGAUUCAAAGGUGAUGAGCAUACCACAUGCAUCCUGCACAGGGUAGAGAAGGGAAGGUGCCGGGAGAAAAUGAUUGGGGUGUAUGCUUUUGUUGCCCCAAAAAUUAUUGGUGGAAAGGGGGCGCCUUCUCCUGUUGGUGAACUUGGCAUGGUUGAGAUGUCUCAAGCUUUGAAUUUACAUGAUGUCAGUUAUGAACAGGUUGGACCUGACAUGCUUGUUAGUGGAUUUCUUCAGCCCAUUCCUGAUUUGACGCCUAUCAUUCCUUCUUUUUCUGAAUUAUCGAAAAUUGAUCCAUCAAUUAAUCCAUAUGAAUCGAGCAUCACAUCCUUUUACAAGACUUGGGAUCCUUAUGGUUCCUUCUCCAAUUUCUCACCUCAUCCUAUCCAGAUGCCGGAUGAGGGUGGCCACUAUACAACCUGGUCAAGUGUUGAGCAUUAUUACCAGGCGCACAAGUUUUACGGCGUACAAGAUCCCGUGGCACAAGAAUAUUUCGAGGCUAUCAAAUCUGCAAAAAGUCCUGAAGAAGCAGCCAGGAUAGGAAGGAAAAUGCAGAGGCAUUCCAACAUCAAAUAACAAUCAGGUCUAUACUCCGAGGACUGCGCCUUAUGCUAGUGAGGAAAUUGAUGUGGUUCGUGAGCAAUGGGCGAAGUUUUUUACCACCAAGUAUUUAUUAUUGACCUGAGGGCGCUUGAUCGUGUUGGUUUAGAUGUUAUAGAACAAUCUUUUAUGUUAAAAUGUAUGCGUACGUUGAAAUUGGAACGUAAAUAUAUUUAAAUGUAUCGGUAUGUGCACUUUUGGUUUUGGGAUAUAUACAAAACUCCAGUU